AUGGACAAGUCUUGGAUUUUCAAAGAUAGGGAUACACUUGACUAUGAAAUCGGGGUUGAAGAGUUUUUAAUAUUUGCCGAGGAAAAUGCUAGUGAUACUAAAAAAAUCCCAUGCCCCUGUAAAAGAUGUGUUAAUUUUAAAAAAUUUGCAGUUAAGAUUAUUAGGGGACAUUUAUAUGAAUACGGUUUUAGUUUGGGAUACCUUGAUUGGAUUUGGCACACACAAGGGUGUGGAAUCACAGGAUCAACAGUUCAUGACAAUGCCCCUAGCCCUGCACCUACGCUUGACCCUGCAUCGAUGCAUUCCCCUGGUCAUGCAUCACAAACAGUCAAUGUUUGUGAUGCUGCGUAUAAUUCGAGUGAGUACAAUAAUGAGUCGUAUCAGUUUAGGAGAUUUGUGGUUGAUGCUCAACAGCCUUUGUAUGAGGGUAGUGAAUGUACCAAAUUGGAGUCGAUGCUGAAACUGCAUAAUUGGAAAGCAAGGUUUGGAAUUAGUGAUAGCGCCUUUACAGAUUUAUUGUCUACUGUUGGCUCUCUCCUUCCUAAAGAAAAUAUGAUGCCACCUAAUGCAUAUGAAGCCAAGAAAAUAUUAUCCAACUUAGGCCUAGAAUACAUAAAGUACCACUCAUGUCCAAACGAUUGCAUACUAUAUCAGGGGGUAUAUGUUGAUGCUUCUGAGUGUCCUAAGUGUGGUCUAUCUCGCUGGAAGUUAGGAAAGGAUGGUAAAGGAUGUCCUAAACAGCCCGGUGGAACUGAAUGCGGCUAUGUUAUUAUGCGGUAUAUGAAAGAGAUUGUCAUGGACAAUGAAAUGACAUUUUUUAAAAGGUGGGCAUCCAAGAAUCGAAAAGUGAUUUGUUCCAAGGCUGAGCUUGACGAGGUUCGGUUUGAGACACUUAGCCAUAUCGAGUCCUUCUUAUAA